GGACCGGAGUAGGCCCUAUGACACUUUUAACUUGCACUCGUUGGAGAACUCCUUAAUGGAUAUGAUAAGGACUGAUCAUGAGCCUCUGAAAGGUAAACACUACCCUCCCAGUGGCCCACCAAUGAGUUUCGCUGAUAUAAUGUGGAGGAAUCAUUUUGCAGGACGCAUGGGUAUAAAUUUCCAUCAUCCGGGAACAGAUAACAUUAUGGCACUUAACACCAGGAGCUAUGGGCGGAGACGAGGUCGAUCUUCUCUCUUUCCAUUUGAAGACGCCUUCUUGGACGAUAGCCAUGGUGAUCAGGCUUUGUCAUCUGGCCUAAGUUCUCCCACUCGCUGUCAAAAUGGGGAACGAGUAGAACGCUACUCUAGAAAGGUGUUUGUUGGAGGUCUUCCUCCUGACAUCGAUGAAGAUGAGAUCACUGCCAGCUUUCGCAGGUUUGGACCUCUCGUGGUCGACUGGCCUCACAAGGCAGAAAGCAAGUCGUACUUUCCUCCUAAAGGCUAUGCCUUUCUGCUAUUCCAGGAGGAGAGCUCAGUGCAAGCUUUGAUAGAUGCCUGCCUAGAAGAAGAUGGAAAACUGUACCUUUGUGUGUCAAGCCCUACCAUCAAGGAUAAACCAGUGCAAAUUCGACCAUGGAACCUAAGUGACAGUGACUUUGUAAUGGAUGGUUCUCAGCCUUUGGACCCCAGAAAAACUAUCUUUGUUGGGGGAGUUCCACGACCCCUUCGAGCUGUUGAAUUGGCAAUGAUUAUGGACCGUUUGUAUGGUGGUGUUUGCUAUGCUGGCAUUGACACAGACCCAGAGCUGAAGUACCCCAAAGGUGCUGGCCGUGUGGCAUUCUCUAAUCAGCAGAGUUACAUUGCAGCCAUCAGCGCUCGCUUUGUGCAGCUUCAACACAAUGACAUUGACAAACGGGUGGAAGUGAAGCCAUAUGUGCUGGAUGAUCAGAUGUGUGAUGAGUGCCAGGGCACGCGCUGCGGUGGGAAGUUUGCCCCAUUCUUCUGUGCCAACGUCACCUGUCUGCAGUAUUACUGCGAAUACUGCUGGGCGAGCAUACAUUCCCGCGCCGGGCGCGAGUUCCACAAACCGCUGGUGAAGGAGGGAGGCGACCGCCCUCGUCAUGUCCCGUUCCGCUGGAGCUGAGCCGAGGGCCAACCCAGCCACAAGUACUGCAGUAGAUAACAAGGAGGGAAAGAGAGGGCACUGCCUCAGGGCUUACAGUGUUCUGGAAAUCUGUGCAUUCGUUCUCGAUUUUUAAAGAAGAAAUGGGUCUUUUUAUUAUUACUAUUAUUAUUAUUACUAUUAUUAUUUACAGUCAUAUUACUGAACUCAGUGUCCAGUAUAAUGCAGAAUUGCAGAGUGUAUAACGGUACUGAUUUGCACUUUGAUUGACACCUUGUCUGCUUGGUACCUUAAUUUCUUACACCUAAUUUGUCACUCUUGACAAUAUGUAGACUGCCAUUCUCACCAGUGGCCAUCGGGUUGAUGUCUGUGACUUUUUUUUGUUUGUUGUAUUGCUGUUCUGAUUGUUUUUAAACUGGAGCAUGCACUUAUUUUCAGAAACUUGGAGAGUUGCCCUAGGACAAGACUUACCAAAGGUGAUGCUCCUGAGUAGGUGGCAGAUGUAGCAAGGUCCUCACCAUUCAGCAACAUUAGUUGGGGUCAUUUGGAAUAAGGGUGACCCUUGAUGAAAAUAAGCCUUUACUUGCUCUCCAUUUUCAUUUGUAAGCAUACCUCAUAAGCUGCAUCUUUAGUUUCCCUUCACGUUUCAUUUUUGUUCUGCUGAGGAUUUUGGUUAGAUCUUUUAGUAUUAAGUAAAUUUAUGCUGCAAUAGCUUUUGCUGCUAUUAAAAUGGUAUUGUCAAUACCAUAAUACUCUAUUCAGGCUAAGGUAUCACUUAAAAACAAAAACAAAUACCCACCAACACACCUUUGUGAUUUAGGGAUAGAGUCAGCUGCCGAAAGGAGAUGAGAAUAAACUUUAGAAAGCUUCCGUGGAAGGCCACUAUUUCUGACUGCAUGUUUACUUAAUCAGGUUGCUGCAUGCAAUAAAUUUUAUAUCCAAUGUCUAGUAUACAACCUUCCCACAAUGCACAAAUUAAGAAUCUAUAUAAGCUAUAAAAUACUCAUUUUUUUAAAAGAGGAUUUUUUUUUCCAUUCAAAGAUUUGGUAAUGGAGCAGAGGAAGGCAUGCCUCAGUAAGCUGAAUGCUUCUGAAUGGGAAGAGCCCAUCGCAGAGUGACCUAUAUUACAACCAGUCUCAAACCUAGGUGUAGGAUAUUCUCAAAGCAAAUUUGUGGAUGGUAGAUGAAGUACUUUGCGGUGCUCUGUUAUAUAUUGUGCAAUUUAUUUUAUAUAGUAAAGUGAUUAUGUCUAACUGUGAUCAAAAACUUAACUGUUUAAAGCCUCUGUGUCAGACAUUAAUGAACUUGACAGUUCAUAACUGGUAUAUUACUAAGUAACACAUGAGCUCUUAGUUACAAUCUCCUAGUGCUUGCACCAUUUUACAUAGCUUCAGACCUUGUCCAGAAAACCAAAGAGCUCAUUUUAGCUUACAAACACUAAGAAUAUAUACAGUAUCUAGAGAUAAGUUGUCAGACUGAUGAUCUAGGCACGUCUUUAAGAAGUUGUGUAAUGGUGAUGCUAAAGAAAUGUCUGUACAAAAUAAGAUGGCCUGGGCAAAGUUGGUUGUCUGGGUGAGAAAUUUGCUAUUUAAUUCCCUGGAUUUAUCCUGUAAAGCUUGAAUUCAAUUAAUCCCUGCUAGCACUACCGUGGACAUUUUUUUAGCAUUCACUCUUGGGCUGCAGAUAGUAAUAUAUAAACACACACAAUGAUUGCGAGACUACGUAAAUCUUUUCAAAUCUUCUUCCUAUGUUUUGGAAUUCUGGGGACAAUCUGACUGGAUAUGACACUGCAGAAUAGAUUGAAGUUGCUGUGUUUUAUGUGCUGUGAUGUCCUUGUACUGUCUGAAGUUAGUAUUGCUUGGUUUUGUUUUGAUUUUUCCUCCAGUAUUUAGUUGCAAUUACUGGCUCUCAAUCUAUAGUUUGUUUUCAAAAAGGAAAAACAAAAUAGUUUUUUACUGGAUUAAAAAUGCUUAUUAGAACCCUCCCCUUUUGAACUUACCUCUGGGCUUUUUGGUAAUAAUUACUUUUUCCAGCCCAGGUGUGGUUUUGUUUGUUGUUCAGGUUUUUUUCUAUGUUUGUGGGUUUUUUUCAUCUGUACAAGAAAUUUUGUUAUGCACUACUGCUUUUUGUAUUCUAGACUGUUUUCAAGUUGGCUGAAGAUUUUUUGUUUAUUUGUUUUUAAGGAAAAAGGCAUGCUUUCUGACUGACAUGAUCUUUUGCAAUACCUCAAUUUUGAAAUAUAGGAAAGAAAAUGAUAUUUUCUAAGUAAGUUUAUUCAGAAAAAUAUAUAUUAAUUUAAUUCUGCAAGAAAAUGAUUUAACAGAUGGGUAACUUUAUUUUUUUCAUGCUUAUUUGUGUUUUUUGAAAAUGAAGAAGUUAGAGCUUUAUAACUAUAAUAUUAAAGAUCAUAUCUAACCUACAGAAAUCUACCUAAUUAUGUGAAAGAAGCAAAACUUUUUGAAGAAGCACCCCUCUUUCAUGUACUAAGAUAACACUGAGAUUUAAAAAAAAUAAUAAAAAGCUGGAAGAUUGUGUAGCAUAAAGCUAAAGUGAAGGCAAAAAAGAAAAAAAAAUCAAAAAAACAUUGUCGUGAAGACUAGGUUAAAAACUAAACUCUACUUGGUGCUGAGAGUUGUGAGUAGAUGGUGGAAACUAUUUUCCCUUCAUUUGUAUAUUUAUAAUCAAGCGUUGAUUGUGCACGACUGACCAGGAUUGUGAAAGAGUUCUUCUGUUUGUAUUUUUUUAAAGAGAACUUUUUUAGUUUAUUAAAUUAUAACAUGUUCCCUUUUGUUUUGUAAAUAAGUGUGUCCCCCAAGUUCUUAAUGUUAUAUUAAAAGAGAGGGUCCUUCAAAAACAUUAUUUUUUAAAACACAGAGGUGUUGUGACCUGCAGCUUGACUGGGAAGCCCCGGGUAACACAGGUCCUGCUGUGGCCUUUCCUUGAUGUGACACUUGAACUAGUCGAUUUUUUGAAGGCUAUAACCUAACCUCGACUAUUUGUUGUUAUGUGCAAUACUGUUUGUACUGUUUGUAUAAAAAAUAGAAAAAAAGAAAAGAAAAAAGGCAUAAAUCUUUAUUGCAGAUUUAUUUUCAUUGCGAACUUUAGACAUUGUGAUUCACUGAAAUCAUUUUUCUACUGUCAAAUAUGUACCUUUUCUUCAUGCUGGUAUUUUUUCAAUAGUAAUGUAGCCUUUGUACUGAGACAAAUUUUCAUUGUUAUUUUUAGAAAGAUUUUUUGCUAAGAAAAAAAUUAAACAUAUUUACAUAUUUUUCAUUUUAUUUCGUAUUUUCUUUAAGGAGUGCUUUCUCAAUCAUUAAUAGAGUUGUUUCUGGGAGGGACUUUCAUAUCUGGUCAAUGUCAUAAUAUUAUUUUGUAUUUUUACUUGGAAUAAAUUAAUUUUAUGAUGCUAAUUCUUUAAAAGUUUAUUUUUUUCAUUUUCAGUUAUUUUUGAAGCUAAAACCUUUGUAAUAUUGUUACUAAAGUGUCUAGUUUUUUGAAAUGCAAAGCUUUAUGUAUUAACUUGCCGAUGUGGUUUACAGUAGUGUGACAACGAUGAACAUGGUUGUUUAUGUAAAGUGAUUGGAGAUGUAAUGGACAGUUGGGUAAUAAAAUGACAGAAUGAGCAGAACAUGUGACAUUUUGACAAGCCUUUUCCUUUAUUCCAGUGGUUUAGUGUAAGACUAGGGAUGUCACAGUACAGGUCUCUAGGGAUGUCACAGUGGAUUUAUACAACACCAGGUGCAGCCAAGUCUGUGGCCCUGAUAACAAAGUCACUGCUCUUGAGUGCUACUGGGUUUAAACCUAGCCAGGUCAACAAUGCUUUUCCUCUAACUCCUCAUUAUGUCGUGUGUGUGUGCGUGUGUGUGUGUGUGUGUGUGUGUGUACGCGCACGUGUGCGUGUGUGUGUGUGUGUAUCUGUAUCUGCCACCAAUUGCUGUCCACGUGUGAGGUGGUGCCUUUCCCUCUGAAUCUCUUACCUGCACACAGUGGUCACAUCUGUGAGUCAAAGAAAGCCGCUGAGAAGACACCACCUUUAUGUAGCAUGGACUUCAACCACAGUGCCUCGCCAGUGUCCCUUUACUACAAGGGGUUGGCUGGCAGCACUGAGGAAGCACCCUCAGGUGUCACCACUGGAUAUGGACACUGUGUGUCAGGCUGCAUCUUUCUCCACACCCCUGCCUGUUCCCUGGUGUGACGCCCCUUGUUUGCUUCUUCUGUGGCAAUGCAUUGGGCUCCCCUUGCAUGAUCUAUCUGCCCUCCUACUGCUGCUUUUCCAGCCCCCACCUCACCUUGAAACUGCGCUUAAGGCACGUUGUUGCAAUGGCACCUAAAAUUAAAGCAGAAACAUACAACUGCAAAACUGGUGUUGCGUAAGCAGAACAUCCAAUGACUUGCUCUAGAUAGGUGGUGUGUUUCCCCUGGUCGUUGGUGGCUUCUUCCGGUUCCCUUGCUGCGGAGGUGAGGUUUAUCAACAACUCAGAGAAACGUGUCCGGAGUUGGCUCUUGGGUACGCUCUGUGUAUUCAGUUUUGUAAAUAAUAUAUAGAUUAGAUCAAGUUGUGAUGUAAAAUUUAACUCAAAUUGGGUACUACUGGUUGGAAUUUUACAUUAACUACAAAUAAAUGAUUAGGAACAGAAGAAAAGCAAUUGGAAAAAUUCUUGUUUAGUGGUAUAAAGAGUAUGCUUAGAUUUCUGCCUAUAUCUUGUGUUUUAUAGCUUGUUAGUGAGGCAUGGGCUAAUGCAGGAUGUACUGCAUUUACGCAAUUAGCAAAUAACUGCUAGUUUUCAUUUUAUCUAUUAUAUUAGCAACAAAAUGGCAUUUAACUGGGUAAAGCUCCUACCUAAAUAUUUGAGUAUUGUGACAUCUCUACUUGCAAGGUUUGAAUGAAAGAUUAGUCACAGAUUAGUGAAAAAAAAGUAUCUUUGUGUUAAAACUGGCUUCUUUGUAUAGAUUGUUGCUUUUUCACUAGUUUGUAUAGUAUGUCAGCUAACAUUUCUUUCUGUUUUUUUAAUUUUAUUACAACCAAACUUCUCUAUCUCAGCUGCAAUAGUGUUCCAUCUUACCACAGAGUAUUUUAUAAUUAAUGCUGUUGACUUUAUACCCCAAAAUGGGUCAAGAAGUGGAUCUGUGAUUCAGAGAUGUUUGAAUUUGUAUGUGGAAGGAGUUCACUGCAACAAGUAGAAAACUCGGGUGCUAACACAGGAUAACUUCUCUUUUUCUUUCCUGGUCAGAGUUCUGUUGGGGUAUAAAGCAUUAGAUAUUUGUAUUUUUGCUGUCAAAACAAUGGACCUAACUUUUAGAGUGUUCACAGCUAAGAUCUCUGUAUUUGUUUUUCAACUAACAACUAAUUUUAAAUGUAUUGUAUCUUUUAUUACUUGUUCUCUUAGAUUGUUUUUUGCUAGUAACCCUACUCAGCUUCUGCCUUUGGGGCUUGGACUCAUUGCUUGUAUGGAACUGCAGUUCUGUGACUAAACUUGGAGCUCACUGCAGCUGUUGCUUACAACUGCUUCAACUUUGUAGUUUGGACUUCUUUUUUUCUGUAAUAACAAUUAUUAAAUCUAGUUGUAUGAAGUACUGACACUUGUCAUCCUUUGCAUUUGCUAAGGAAUAAGCUUGGCGUGUCUGGUUUGCAUCUGGGGACCAUUACAAGUUGCUUGAUUUACUUUUUUUUUUUGUGUGUGCAACAAAUGCCUGGACAGCAUAUUUAGUAGAGCAAAGUUCACCUUUUCUCUGACACAAGUAAUUCUCAUUUUUAAAAAGUACACAAGUGUAUUUGAAACGGAAUGAUUUGCUAAUUGACUCGUGUGCACGUGUGUUCAAUGCAAGGUCUUUAGAAGUGCAGUUGGGUUUGGCCUUUUUUUUCCCCCCCCCUUUUUUUGUGCUGGGUUUGGAACCCGGGGCCACACGCACGCGAAAAAUUCGCUCUCCGUGGCUGAGCUAAGUCCCAGCCCCGUGCAGUUGGGGUUUUUAUUGCUAGCUCUAAUUGCCAGGACUUUGCCUAUGUAAAAUCAAUUUUCGCAAUUACAACCAGAAAAGCUAGCGGGAAAAUAAGCAUCGUCACCUUUGUUCAUUUUUCACAAUUGCACUAGGCUACACGAUUUUUUUCUUUUUUUAGAAAAUGGGUCUUUAAAAACUCCAUUUCGAUUUGGACGUGCCAAGACGCCCUGUCCUUUAAGGGAAUGAAUCACGCGUGGUUCCCGGAACCAACCGGUGCCCGCGGCCCACUCCAGACACUGGUGGCGGUGGGACUGGGGCGGAGUCUGGGGACGGUACUCAAUUCCCGGCCGCUGCGGGGGAAACCUGGGGCUCGCGCCGCACCUGCCGCGGACGCAA